UGUUUCCUUCACCUCUGAUAUUCCAAACAAUGUGCCGUCACUCAUCCACUGGAUGAGCCCUUUGCCAAUAAUAAAUGUCACGCCCCUUCUUCUUGCAGACUUAUUUCAAUCAAAACGCAUUAACAUUGAUAAGAUCCCUAAUCACUGGCGGUGCGACACCCGAGCUCGAAUUAAUCUUAGCCGAAGGCGCAGGAUUAAGGGGUGGUUACAGUACCGCGGACAGUUUAGCAAAUCGCGAUAGGUGCAGGGUGGGUCAAAUCUCGUUGUAUGAUGGGCCAUUGGCUCAAUACGGCGAAGGAGGCUCGUACGGAGACCUCUUUGUCGCGGCAUUAAAGUCGUAUGGAAUGCUGUGCAUUGGUCUGUACAGGUACAGAUUUCGCGACACCAGCUCGUCAUGUGACGCUUCUUCCAAGCGAUACGUUAUUACGAAUCCUCCCGAUGACUUCACGCUUUUGCCAACCGAUCAGGUUUUUGUACUGAUGCAGUUCGAUCCUGGCCUCGAAUAUAAGCCAAGCCGUGGCACCCGAGGGAAAGACGACGCCUCCUGACUGUUGCUGUGUAGCGCCCUGACCGACGGACCGUACUCGUACAUCUAAGCUAACCGACUAAUCUUCGUAAUCGGUUAGGCCAACAUUGGAUGACCAAGUCGUGCUUUCUAAGCAUCUUUCUAAGCGUUAUUCGAGCAUCAUUCAGCAUCGUUCGACGUCUUUCCUCGCAUCUUCCAGCAACUUCCUAUAGCCAUGCAAUAGUGGGAAAGCCAACCGAUCAAAGUUGCAAGAACCCGGCUUUCGCAUGUACGCAUUUCGUAAUUGUUUUUCCCUCAAGUGUCCGCUUUUCGAAGACCAUCAAUAACUAUAUGGUUCAAGCUAUGUUUGACAAAGUUUGACUAAGAAUUUCAAAUUUAUAUACAGCUGUAUGUGUAUGUUUAUAUACCAAAUAGAUAAAACAUUUUAGCUUGACGGACUCUCCGUCUUCUGGCAACCGCCAUCCU